CAUUCUGCAAAAAGAGAAGCGUUCGCUCGCUGCGAACCAUCAGCCGCAUCUUUCGCAUCAGUCCUGGUGACUGUACUACACCGCGUGAUAGACGACAUCAGCAGCAAUCAUGACUGCCCGCACCAGUUCACGAUGGAACCCAUUUCAACGCCACGUUCUUGGCUCGACAGCAGAAGAGUCGGAUCAAAUAGUCCAACCCGGAUUGGGAUCGAAGUCGAAAACAUGGGCGACAACAGUAACUCGAGUACCGAGUUGGCCUGAAGAAGCAAGAUCGUUGGGCAAACACACUUGGAUUUCUUGGAUUCUUGGUAUGGGAGAUGUGAUAUUGGUCUUGCUACCCAUCUACUUUAUCCUCCUUGGAAUAGCGGUCAUCACGCUAAACGGCGAACCUGUUGAUGGAAAUGUGUUCGCUUCCAAAGUCACAUCUGCCAUUCAACUUGGUCCAACAUUAUUCCCAAUUAUGUUUGCCGCUAUUAGUGGCCGUAGUAUGAAGAUGAUUGCAAGAUACUUGGCCGAGAAAGGAGCUAAACUCAGUACUCUUGAGCUACUGGCAGCAAGCCAGUCUGUGUGGGGCACGGUCGAGAGUCAACUGCUGAUGCGACGACUAACCUUAGUUGGAGCAAACCUACUGUUUCUUUGGGCUAUGUCUCCAAUAGGCGGUCAGGCAUCGCUCCGUCUUCUGGAAAAGUCUACCAGUACAGCCCAGUACUACACUCCACUCCGAUAUCUCUCAACGGGUCCAGGCUCUGCGGUCUGGGCAAUGACCAGCGGUACAUACGUCGAAAGUGACGGAGGACUCACCCAAGUCGAAGCUCUGUAUGCUUCAGCUUUGUUAGCUUCUUCUCAAGUUAAGGGUGGACCAGAAGACAACUGGGGCAGCGUCAAGAUUCCAUAUCUGAAUGCCUCAAAUGCAUCGAAAACAGACUCUGACGGGUGGAUUACCGUUCCCUCUGAUCUCCAGCGUCCCGAGGAUUAUUCUUCGUUGGUCGGUAUCCCUGUUAUGGGACGGCCUCUCGAUCAAGACGGAACCUUCACCCUGGAAACAUCUCAACUCGACGUAGAGUGCGAACCGUUUGUGAGGGUUCCUGCGAACAAAUUCAAUUAUACUGAGUUGGAAAAACUUGUGCCCGGCCAGAUUUGGAAGAACAUGUCGGACGAUAACAGCCCUUGGGGUGGCAACAGUAAGACCAUCGGAGGGAAGACUGCAACUUUCUUCCUCCAAACUGAUCUCCCACUGACUGAUGGUGGGGACGAUGGAGAUGGUCGCUUCAACUCGUUUACUGGAUUUGUCAACAAAACUAUGAAAGGCCGGGCCUUCCCGAAACGCAAAAUCACCUAUGCUUCAAGCUACGGGUUUGGCUUUCAGGGCAAUACCACUCUCGGUAUCGCAAACUGUUCCCUGGGACAAGUGCACACCGAAACUGUUGUAAAAUGUACAAUGGACCAAUGCUCUGCAGUACAGAUUCGACCUUCUCGAUCAGAUUUUCGUGAUGGACAAGUCACGGCCUUUGAUCAUAUCCUGAUAGCACAGUUGGCACUUACGGCUUUCCCCAAGACUUUUGGCUGGUCUAGAGGUUCCAACCCAACCGAGCAAUUCCUCUUUAAUACCUCUUCUUUCCGGCUCGUCUCUCCUACGGCAAACUACGGCGACAAUGCUGGUUGGGUAGACCUCUCUUCCUUGGCCCCGGAUGUUUUCGCUAGACGAUUGGCUCUGUUGCUGAAUACAUACUAUCAGCUCACUAUUGCACCAAAUGCGUACCUGGGGAACCUACCACAAGCCAACUUCUCGGCCUUUGGUCCAGACACCUUGCCAGUAAAAGACGUCGACGCAUAUCUACCUUCGAAUAUAUCUGUUAAGAACACCACUUUCCCCAACUGGUACACUCCCUUUCAAGACAAGACAUACAACGAAGACCUUUAUUUUAUUGGAGCAACAACGAACGCAACCAUAAGCAAAACACAUGACAUCUUUGUUUGUAAUUUUGCCUGGCUGGGUAUGUUAUUUAUUGCAGCAAGUAUAGUCUUUAUCACUGGAGUGGCAUGCUUGUGUCUCAAGCGACAGACACUUGGUCCCGAUAUGUUCGGCUUUGUGACGAGUAUGACAUACGAGAACCAAUAUGUGAAACUGCCUAUUGGGGGUAGCAUGUUGGAUGCCAUGGAAAGAGCAAGAUUACUCAAAGAUGUGGAAGUCUAUGUUGGAGACGUAUGUGGCGAAGAAGAAGUUGGUCAUAUUGCGUUUGCAACAGGAGUACCCCCGCGAAAACUCGAUCGAGAACGUCUCUAUUGCUGAAAGAUGCAACUACCCGAUGCUACAUGAGCGAGGUUUACUCUGUCGGACCCUUCAUGAUCGCCGUCCCGUGUCAUGUUGUGGCGCAGUGUCGGACAAAGCAUUGCCGCGGACUCGAUGUUCCAAGGUGGCAACAGGACACAGCGAUCCGCGGUCGUGGUGUCCUGGUGGGACUUGGAGCGUCUCAAAAAAUAAUUUGGACCAACAAUGGCAGCCGCGAUUCAAGAAUUAGCCCCAAGCGAAUUUACGACCUAAAUAUGACACUCUACUACAGCCAGUCGUGUUUGCCCGAGAGA